GCUCUUAUAUAUUGUUUCUCAUUCCUGCUCGAUCGGUUAAGUCGGUUUCGCUGCGGCGCUGCGCUGUUGUUGUCACUACUAUUGCUGUUAAUUGCCAAAGAAAAUACGACCUUUUCGCUGUGCGAUCGGAGAUCUCCAUCUCUCUCGAUAAGUCAAAGUCGGAAUAUAAUAUAUGUGCACUUUUUUUUGCUGUGCUCCGCGGUUUGUGUCAACAAAAUGCAAUUCGAAAGCAUUUAAGAAACGCGAAACGAAGAAUAUAUAAUAAGCGGAAAACAAGUUCGGAAUGGACAAGCACAUAAAUAUGGGAAUGGGAUUCGCAAUGGACAUGGACAUGAACAUUACGACGACCACAGAAGCCCCCGGAGGUCCGAUAUACCCGCAUUCGGCGACAUUAUUCGCGGCAAUUAGUGCCUGUGUCUUUGUGAUAAUCGGCGUUCUUGGCAACCUGAUUACCCUGCUGGCGCUGCUCAAGAGUCCAACGAUACGGGAACACGCCACCACCGCCUUCGUCAUCUCGCUGAGCAUCUCCGACCUGCUCUUCUGCUCCUUCAGUCUGCCCCUGACGGCGGUUCGCUACUUCAAGGAGAGCUGGACCUUUGGCGACACCCUGUGCACGAUCUUCCCGGUGAUCUUCUAUGGCAACGUGGCCGUUUCACUCCUCAGCAUGGUGGGCAUCACGCUGAACAGAUAUAUACUCAUCGCUUGCCACAGCCGCUACUCGCAGAUUUACAAGCCGAAGUUCAUAACCCUGCAGCUGUUGUUCGUUUGGGUCGUGUCAUUUCUUCUGCUGCUACCGCCUCUUCUGGGCAUCUGGGGCCAGAUGGGCCUGGACGAGGCCACCUUCUCCUGCACAAUUCUCAAGAAGGACGGACGAUCGAUCAAGAAGACCCUGUUCGUGAUCGGCUUCCUGCUGCCCUGCCUGGUCAUCAUUGUCUCGUACACCUGCAUCUACAUCACGGUGCUGCACCAGAAGAAGAAGAUCCGCAACCACGACAACUUCCAGAUCGGUGCGAAUGCGAGUGGUGCGGGGGGAAAGGGAUCCUCCAGCGGCGCCGGCGGAACCUACAUGACCACCACCUGCACGCGAAAGGCGCGCGAGGACAACCGACUGACCGUCAUGAUGGUCACCAUCUUCCUGUGCUUCCUCGUCUGCUUCCUGCCCCUGAUGCUGGCCAAUGUGGUGGGCAGCGAGAGCAACACCAAGUACCCCUGGGUGCAUAUCAUCGCCUCGGUGAUGGCCUGGGCCUCCAGUGUCAUCAAUCCGAUCAUCUAUGCGGCCAGCAAUCGCAACUACAGGGUGGCCUACUACAAGAUCUUCGCGAUGCUCAAGUUCUGGGGCGAACCGCUGUCGCCGAUGCCGAGUAGAAACUAUCACCAAAGCAAAAACUCGAAGGAGCUGUCGGGCGUCAUCCGCAGCACGCCGCUCUUCCACGCUGUGCAGAAGAAUAGUAUUAACCAAAUGUGCCAAACAUAUUCAGUAUAAUCAAGAUUGCUGUCGAGUCUUUGUAUUAGAGCUAGUAAGUAGUUCAUAUUGAUUACCUACUGAUUACUUUUUAGUCUAUAAAAUUAUUAACGAUGUACGGCAGUGCUUACAUCAAAGACAAUCGAAUUAAAUAUAUAUGUAUGUAGACCAAUUGA